GAGAGCCCCGCCAUGGCCGGCGCCCCUGGGCCGCUCCGCCUGGCGCUGCUGCUGCUCGGGGCGGUGGGCAGGGCCGGCCCCCGCCCCCAGGGUGCCACCGUGUCCCUCUCGGAGACAGUGGAGAAAUGGCGAGAAUACCGACGCCAGUGCCAGCGCUUCCUGACCGAGGCUCCGCCCCCAGCCACAGGCCUGUUCUGCAACCGGACCUUCGAUGACUAUGCCUGCUGGCCGGAUGGGCCGCCGGGCUCCUUCGUGAACGUCAGCUGCCCCUGGUACCUGCCCUGGGCCAGCAGCGUGCUGCAGGGUCACGUGUACCGGUUCUGCACCACCGAUGGCCUGUGGCUGCACAAGGACAACUCGAGCCUGCCCUGGAGGGACCUGUCUGAGUGCGAGGAGUCCAAGCGAGGGGACCGAAACUCCCCGGAGCAGCAGCUCCUGUCCCUUUACAUCAUCUACACGGUGGGCUACGCACUCUCCUUCUCUGCAUUGGUCAUCGCCUCAGCCAUCCUCCUGGGCUUCAGACACCUGCACUGUACCCGGAACUACAUCCACCUGAACCUGUUUGCAUCCUUCAUCCUCCGAGCCCUGUCCGUCUUCGUCAAGGAUGCAGCCCUCAAGUGGAUGUACAGCACGGCCGCCCAGCAGCACCAGUGGGAUGGGCUCCUUUCCUACCAGGACUCUCUGGGCUGCCGCCUGGUGUUCCUGCUCAUGCAGUACUGCGUGGCGGCCAACUACUACUGGCUCCUGGUGGAGGGCGUGUACCUGUACACGCUGCUGGCCCUCUCCGUCUUCUCCGAGCAGCGCAUCUUCAGGCUCUACCUGAGCAUAGGCUGGGGUGUUCCCCUGCUGUUUGUUAUCCCCUGGGGCAUUGUCAAGUACCUCUAUGAGGACGAGGGCUGCUGGACCAGGAACUCCAACAUGAAUUACUGGCUCAUCAUCCGGCUGCCCAUUCUCUUUGCCAUCGGGGUGAACUUCCUCAUCUUUGUCCGGGUUAUCUGCAUUGUGGUGUCCAAACUGAAGGCCAAUCUCAUGUGCAAGACAGACACCAAGUGCAGGCUGGCCAAGUCCACGCUGACCCUCAUCCCCCUGCUGGGGACCCACGAGGUCAUCUUCGCCUUCGUGAUGGACGAGCACGCCCGGGGGAUGCUGCGUUUCAUCAAGCUGUUCACAGAGCUCUCCUUCACCUCCUUCCAGGGGCUGAUGGUGGCCAUCUUGUACUGCUUUGUCAACAAUGAGGUCCAGAUGGAGUUUCGGAAGAGCUGGGAGCGCUGGCGGCUCGAGCACCUGCACAUCCAGAGGGACAGCAGCAUGAAGCCCUUCAAGUGUCCCACCAGCAGCCUGAGCUGUGAGGGCACAGUGGGCAGCAGCGUGUACGCAGCCUCCUGCCAGGCCUCCUGCAGCUAAGACUCCAGCACCUGCCCUCCCUGUGGUCUUGCCGCCGGCUGGGCAGCCAUCCCAGCCCAUCAGACAGGGAAAUGGGCAUUGCCUCCUGGGACCUGUGGACACAUUUUCUCCGAGGAGAAGCGGCCUGUUAAUUUGAUCACUGUGGCAGGCGGAGAAGAAAAAGUGAUUGCUGCUGAAACGAGGAGGAUUUCUUCCUGUUAAGUCACAAGGCCCCUGGGGUUCCCCCGGACUCAAACUCAAGGUCAAUGGCUUAUUAGCGGGACUGGGGCUUGUAAGAGGACGCGGCUCUGAAGGAGGCGGAUGCGACCUCAGCCAAGCACGGAACUUGGGUAACGCCAGCCACCCCCGACCUGCCUCCUCGUUAAGGGAGCCUGGGCACAUGUCCAGGUUGCUCGUUUCCCUCAUCUGGGCCCUCAUCUCACCAUCCACUGCCCCACCGGGUGGUGUUGAGAAUGAACAUUGAGAAGGUGCCUGAAAGUGUUCCUUUCUGGUCCUUCCUUCUUCCCUGGAUAUUUGAGUUGCCUUGGUGCCCGCGCCCACCACGCCCAGGGAACCAAGGCAGGCCCGCCGCCCAGGAGUCCAGCCCUGGGUAUGAGCUCUGAAUUCUAUUCUAGAGACGCUCAGGAAUCCUGUGGGGCUCAUCUAGGGGACUUCGGGAAUGUCCAUGCUGGGGGUGUAGACUACUUGCUACUGUUGGGAACCCGGAAGGCAGAGAGAGAUUGCCUCCACCUCUCCAUGGACGUGCUUUUUACUUGUGAACAGAUUAUGUAUCUUGCAUGGGUGCGCCCUCUUAACUUUAGGGGAUGUGACCAAGAAGAGACUCUUCUGGGGACUCUACCAGUCCCCACUGUGACCGUGGAGGCGGGCUUCCCCUGCCCUUUGAAGUUCCCCCA